CACACGAUUUAGCAACCGGCGCGCUGCGGACCCUCUGGCGCUGCGCGGAAAAGCGGCGUGUGUUUCCCACUCAUAUCUUUAUACUCUUUGUGAGUCGCUAUGGCCUCAGAUGAUAUUGCUCAGUUGGCUGAUGCUCUGUCUAAAACCCACGUUGGGGAUGGAGAGUUGAGCUAUAAAGGCUUGGGACUGAAGCUGGACGAUGAAGAAUCAGUAAAGGACCUGGUCCGGGAGAUAGAGCAGUACCAGGAUUUGAAAGCUCUUCGCCUGGAGGGAAACACUUUUGGUGUAGAGGCAGCCCAUGGCAUCGCCAAGGUCCUGGAGAGCAAAGACCAGCUCCAGAGGUGCUAUUGGAGUGACAUGUUCACCGGAAGGUUGCGCUCGGAAAUCCCUACAGCUUUGAGAUCCUUGGGUAGUGCAGUGAUGUGUGCCGGGGCCAGGCUGACUGAGCUGGACCUGAGCGAUAACGCCUUUGGGCCAGAUGGCGUAAAGGGAAUAGAGCAGCUGCUGAAAAGCCCGUCCUGCCACACAUUGAGGGAGCUGAAGCUCAACAACUGUGGCAUGGGGAUUGGGGGAGGAAAGAUUCUGGCUGAUGCUCUGACUGAGUGCCACAGACAGUCAUCAGCACUCGGCGCUCCACUUAAACUGAGAGUGUUCAUCGCUGGAAGGAACCGCCUGGAAAACGAAGGAGCAAAUGCCCUGGCCAAGGCGUUUCAGCUGAUGGGAAGCCUGGAGGAAGUCCACAUGCCCCAGAACGGUAUCAACCACGCAGGCGUGAUUUCAUUAGCUUCAGCCAUGCGACAUAACCAGCUCCGUGUCCUGAACUUCAACGACAACACCUUUACUAAAAAGGGAACGCUGGCCAUGGCCCAGGCUCUGAGGCACCUGAGAAACAUCCAGGUGAUCAACUUUGGUGAUUGUCUGGUCCGCUCAGAAGGAGCCAUCGCUCUCGCUGCCGUCCUCAGAGAGGGAUUGCCAAUCCUCAAGGAGCUUAAUGUGUCAUUUGGAGAGAUCACAGAGGCAGCGGCUCUGGUUGUAGCUCAGGCUAUAAUAGACAAACCUCACAUGGAGAAAGUGGAUUUAAACGGUAACUGUCUUGGAGAGGAGGGAUGUGACGCUCUGAGAGAGGCUAUGGAGAACAUGGACAAAGGAGACUUGCUGGCAUCUCUCAGUGAUGAUGAAGGAGAACCAGAUGAGGAAGAUGAUGAAGACGAUGACAAUGAAGAUGAUGAUGAUGAAAGUGACGACUGUAACGAAGACGAGGAGGACGAUGAAAUUUCAUCAGGAAAUGGAUCACCGAGAAAAGACGACAGUCCUGAAAAACCUCAGAUACCAGCAGAGAUGGCGUCUUUCCUCAGCUGUCCCUCUGCAGAGAAGCUCCUUCAGUUGGGAGAGAUGAGAACAAACUUGAAACAACACGUGGAUGCAUCUGACCCUCACAAUGCAGCUGAUGUUGUUCUGAAAAUAGCUUCUCUAUACAGCGAGGAUCCGGAGACCAACACGGCUGUGUUUGAAUCUAUCGACGCUGUGUUGAAGAAAAUCCUCUCGGGUUCAGAUCUUCACUCUUACUGCUUCCUCUCCACGCUGCUGGUCAUGAUGGGACUCCUCAAGGGAGAGGGGAAGAUGAAAAAGGUUUCACUGGUCCCAGGUCAGCUGUUGUGUUUGGAACACGCUGUCCAGCAGGAAUACUUCCACCAUCACCACGCAUCAACGCUUCACACCGUCAUGAACAAGAACAGUGACGCUCUCAAGUCGUGCAGCGGUGCCGCAGAGAGGUUGAGCUCUGCCCUGAAGAAGAAGUGCAACGACCAACACUGAUCGACCACUGGCAGCACAAACACUGGGAGACAGACACGCACUGUACCAACAUGAACCUCCUCACCUACAAAACCAACAGGGACACUUUACACAAAAGGGAUUCAGACAACCACUUUACCUAUCUCCACUUCUGAUUUGUAUAUUUUAUGAAGGACUUAAAAAUACUGUCCUGAAUCUCUUGAUUUUUUUAUUUUUCUACUUUUUCUUGUGACUUAUAUUUUUAUAGAAAUAUAGAUACAAAUAACCCAAAAAAAAAUAGAACUACACUUAAGUUGACCUUUUGAGUUGAUGUGUAAAAAAUUGCAACGGAUUGUAUUCGUUAUUGGAGCUAACAUCAGAGUAACAAUCUGGCACCUUUUUCAAGAAGUUGCUUUGGAUUUAUUUACUUCAGUUUAACAAUUCAGUGUUAGAGAACAACAGAACAAUACGUCUGUUUCACACAGGCUCAGGCAAAGGAAAUGUUUGGAUUAUCAAACUAAUGUUAUCAGACGUUGAUAAAUUCUGAAAUCUUACCUUCGGAUGUUAUGGAGCAAACACAGUAACUCAUGUCCUGUAUCUUUAGACCCGUAUUAAACAAACUGAUACUUGUUGUUAAACUUAGUAAUCGAGUGCUUGAACAAAAUCAGUAGAACUGAUGGGAUGUUAGUUUUGGCAUGGCUUAUUUUGCUUGAAAAGUUCUGUUCUUUAAAGAAGAGAAACUUCUAGGACAGUUAGUCCUAUAACAGUCGCUGCUUCUGAGGUCCAGUCCAUUUAGAGCACCGUGUGCACCUGACUGAGCGGGAAUGGGCUGCAUGCUGGAACACACAGUGUGUGUGUGUGUGUGUGACGUUCAUGGUCCUGCACAUACAGUAGUCAUAAUGGUGCACAGCUCAGGGGGACUAGCAUCUCUUUUACUUAAUGUUGCUUCUCUGUUUCUGAUUCAGUGUUAUUGAAAGGCUGUACUCUUACAUGACUGUCUGUUGCCUCAUGUUUGUUCGUUAUGGAGCAUUUAAGGGUAACGGAUGAGAAUUGAAAACACCUUCAUGGCAUUUAGAAUAAUAUUACACUGUGUGGACUGCAUUUACAUUUACAGGAUGAUUUGCUGUUUAUUUGUACUGAAAUAUCUGUACGAAAUAAAUAUAACUAACAAGGAAGAA